CCCGUGCCGGAGCCCCGCCUCUGCGGAGAGCCUCACAAGGAGUCGCGGGCAGCGGUCCUCUGCACACGCCCGGGAGCCGAAGGACCAGGUUGGAGCGGAGGAGCGGACAUGUCCACCCGGAGCUGGUGGUGCCGCCGGGCACCGGGGGCCGAGUGGGUGCGCUAGCUAGUACGCGGGCUGCACCUCGCCGGCCGUCGGACCCCGGGUUGUGCCUGCGGUGCGGGGAGCUCUGCCUUCUUGAACGUCUACGCUUUUCGGAGACAACGCUAGGUGACUGAGUCCAGGUCUGUGGCAUUGUGACUCUGUUCCUGUGGAUAGUGGCUUCUUCUGAAGUUCCAGAAAGGAUCCUAUUCCCAAACAGGUCCCUGAGUACUGACUGUCACAGGCUGCUGCGUCUUUCCUGUUGACUCAUGUUUGGUUGCUCCACUGAAAAUUUUACUUAGAGAAAUGCUGCCUCCAAAGUACUGGUCCGCCAGCAAGCCCAGGAAGUCUUGGGCCCCAGAUCUGUAUGAGCUAGACAGUGACAUGACUAAGGAGCCGGAUGCCAUCAUAGGAGAAGGUGCAACUGACUCUGAAUUCUUUCAUCAGAGGUUUCGAAACUUCCUCUACGUGGAAUUUGUCGGGCCUCGGAAGACCCUGAUCAAACUCCGAAACCUCUGCCUCGAUUGGUUGCAGCCAGAGACUCACACCAAAGAGGAGAUUGUGGAGCUCUUGGUCCUUGAGCAGUACCUGACCAUCCUCCCAGAAAGGAUCAAGGUUUGGGUGCGAGCCAAACGGCCCCAGAGCUGUGAAAAGCUUGUGACUCUGCUGGAGAGAUACAAGGAGAUGUAUGAGCCGGAAGACAACGGCAGUGACGUCCACAGUGAAGACGACAUGGGCCGAAAGGGAGCCGAGUCCCCCCUGCCACGCUCUGCCUAUUUCUACAGGGACCGGGACAGGGAUUGGGACCAGGACUGGCAUCGUGACCGAGACUGGGAUUGGGAUCGUGACCGAAACCGGGACUGGGAUCGGGACUGGGAUCGUGACCGAGACCGGGACUGGGAUCGAGACCGGAAUUGGGAUCGUGACCGGGACCGGGACUGGGAUCGAGACCGGGACUGGGACCGGGCCUGGGAACGAGACCGGAUGCGGGAGCGAGACUGGCUGCGAGAGCGAGACCGGAUGCGGGAGUGGGACCGGAGGGGCAGAAGCAGGGACCUGGAGUUUCGAGAGCGCUGGCCAUACACCAGGAGUCCCAGAAGGAGAUUUCCGCAGCGGGAUCUUUCCCUUCCUAUGAUGGAGAAAACGACUUUUGCCACGGAAAGAGGGCGCAGGCGUAGGAACCUCAUGAUGGAGUAUGAGUCGGAAUCCCAGGAUACAGGGUCAUACCAGGACGUUUUGGACCUCACCGAGGACAGGAGGCUUCAGAACCCAAUUCAGGACAACAUGGAGAACUACCGGAAGCUGCUUUCACUGGGGGUUCAGCUUGCCGAAGACGAUGGCCAGUCCCACAUGACACAAGGCCAUUCAAGGUCAAAGAGAAGUGGCUACCCAAGCACCAGUCGAGGUCUGAAAACUAUGCCUGAAACCAAAAAGUCAACCCAUCGCCGGGGAAUUUGUGAAGAUGAAUCUUCCCAUGGGGUGAUAAUGGAAAAAUUCAUCAAGGACGUUUCACGAAACUCCAAAUCCGUAAGGGCAAGGGACUCUAAUGAUCGGUCACUGAGGUUCCCCAGAAGGCCAGACCAUGACUGGAAAGACGUUUCCUUCAACAAGAGGGAGUCAUUGAUUCAGGAGAGGGGCUAUGAAGGGAAUGCCUUUGGGGGAGGCUUUAAUUGCAACUCAGACCUUGUUUCCAAAAAGAGAGUUCUUGAAAGAAAAAGGCGCUAUCAGUGUGACGUAGAUGGGAAGGGCUCAAUUCAUGAUCAGAGAGGCUGUCCAAAGAAGAGACCCUUUGAAUGUAGUGAAAUGAGAAAAGCCAUGAGCAUGAGCAGCCUGAGUUCCUCCUCCUUCACCGAGUCGCAGCAGCUUGAUUUUGGGGCCAUGCCCUAUGUGUGUGAUGAGUGUGGAAGGGCUUUCGGUGUGAUUUCUGAGUUUGUCGAACAUCAGAUCAUGCACACUAGAGAGAAUCUCUAUGAGUAUGGUGAAUCCUUUAUUCACAGUGUGGCUGUCAGUGAGGUUCGGAAGAGCCAGGCUCGAGGGAAGCGCUUUGAAUGUAAGGAGUGUGGGGAAACCUUCAAUAAGAGUGCCACUCUUGCUGAACAUCGGAAAAGUCACUCUAGAGAGUAUUUCACAGAAUGUAAUGAUGAGGGAUAUGAGGAGCCCUUCAUGCCUAGCCCUACUUUCAGUGAGCUUCAGAAAAUAUAUGGGAAAGAUAAAUUCUAUGAGUGUAAGGUGUGUAAGGAAACUUUCCUUCAUAGUUCCGCCCUGAUUGAACACCAGAAGAAAACCCAUGGGAGAGAUGACAAAGGUGAUGACCGUGGGGAAACCUGUAAGCCCAGCCCAACCUUUAAUAAGCUUCAGAAAAUGUAUGCUAAAGAGAAAAUGUACGAGUGUACGGUGUGUGGGGAGACCUUCCGUCACAGCUCAUCUCUGAAAGAACAUCAGAAGAUUCACACUAGAGCAAACCUAUUUGAAAAGAAGGGUAAAGUGCGUGAGGAAACCUUUAUUCCUGGUCUGUCCCUUAAAAGGCGGCAGAAAACUUAUUCAGAGGAGAAGCUCUACGACUUUAAAGAUGGUGGCGGUGCCUUUAGGCAUGGCGCAGGCCUUGGUGACUAUCACAAAAUUCACUCUCGAAAGAACCUCUAUGAAAGCAGAGGCUAUGGGAAGUCUGUCAUUCAUAGUGUGCCCUUCACUGAAUCUCAGAAGAGUCACACUAUAACAAGACCACCUGAAAAUGAGGAUGAGAAGGAGUUCGCCAUCAGUUCUAAACCUGAUGACAACCAGAAAUUUUCCACUCAAGAAAAUGUCUAUGAGAGGAAACCAAAUGAGAGGUCUGUUAUUCACAGCUUAGCCUCUGCUGAAGCUCAGGAAAGUCAUGGUGCAGUGGGGUUCAGUAAACCGAAAGCGAUCGCAGAGUCUACCGUUCAGAGCCCGAAUGUGAUUGAACAUCAGGAAGUCCGUGGUGGAGAGAAGGCCUCUGAAGGAAAGAAAUACGAGAGAUCUGUUAUCCAUAGCUUAGCCACUUUCAAACUUCCCAAAAGUCUCAAAGGAAGUGAAUGUAAUGAGAAGGAAAAAUCCUCUACUGACAUCUCAGAUCUUUAUGAUAAACAACAGAAAACUCCUGCCAGAGUGAACCCUUAUGAAGAGGAUAAAAACAACUCUGUUAUACGCAGUGUAUCCUCUACUGAACCUCCAAAAAGUCUUACCAGAGAGGGGACCAGUGAGUUUAAGAAGGAUGACCAGUCGUCUGUUUCCAACUCAAAUGCCCAUGAACAUCAGAAGGUUCAAGUUAAGAAGAACAACAUUGAGCAUAGGAACUGCGAGACCUCAGUAAUUCACUCUCUACAUAUUGGUGAACCUGAAACAUUUCACCCUAAAGAGAAAUGCUAUGAAUGUCCAGAGUGUGGAGAAUCCUUUGUUCAUAGCUCCGACCUCACUGAGCAUCAGAAGAUUCACCAUAGAAAGAAGUCCUCUGGAAGCCAAAACUAUGAACGAUCUGUUAUUCGCAGCUUAGCUUCCACUGACCCCCAAAAGAGUUAUGCUGAACAGCCAGAGCAGACAAGUUACGCUCAACAGUCAGUGGUGAUUAGUUAUGCUCAACAGUCUGCGCAGACAGGUUAUGCUCAACAGCCAGUGCAGACAGAUUACACCCAGCAGGCAGUGCAGGCAGGUUAUGCUCAACAGUCAGCACAGAUAGAUUAUGCUCAACAGCCAGCGCAGCAAGAAUGUAAGGAUUAUGGGCAAUGCUUUGCUACCAUUGAAGACCUUGGCGCCCAUCAGAAAAUCUAUGCCCAAGAGGAAUUCCACGAGGGGAAGCUGUUUGAAGACUCUCUAGGCCUUGACAAACCUGAGCAGGACGAGGAGGAUAAACAGGAUGAGGAUGAGCAGGAUGAUUCUGAGGACACAAUCUAUGGAUGUAAGGACUGUGGGCUGGGCUUUGCAGAUCGCGCAGACCUCAAGGACCAUCAGAAAGUUCAUAACAGAGAGUACCUCAUUGACACUCGUGAGUACACACAUUCUGUAAUUCACACCCGUUCCGUCAGUGAAUAUCAGAGAGAUAACACUGGAGAGCAGCUCUAUGAAUGCCCAGCAUGUGGGGAGUCUUUUGUUCAUAGCUCAUUCCUUUUUGAGCACCAGAAAGUCCAUGAGCAAGAUCCGUUUUAUGGACAGAGGAGGUAUGAUGAGCCUUUCAUGCAACCUCUGGUCAUUAACCCACAGAGGUUUCAUGCCCUACAGAAGACUCCUGCUACAGGGAUAUUUCUUCAGUGCCAACUGUGUGGACAAGAUUUCAUUCAUGGUUCUGUCUUUAAUGAACAUCUGGCACUUCAUAUGGGUGAGAAUUCACUGGAACAGGGCCAGAGAAGUGGAGAGGCUGUCAGUCCAGGCCUGUCCCUCACCGAGUUACAGAGAAAUCAGGCUGAAGAGCACUAUGAAUGUGAAACAUGUGGGGAGUCCUUCCUCAGUCAAUCAGACCUGAGGGAUCACAUGAGAAUUCACGAGAAAGAUGAGCCCUAUGAUUACGGGGCUUCCUUUGUUCACACCUCAUUUCUUACUGAGCCCCCCAAAAGAGAUUCACCAUUUUAUGAGUGCAAGGACUGUGGGAAGUCUUUUAUUCAUAACACAGUUCUCACUAAACAUCAGAAGCUUCAUCUUGAAGAGGAAGAAGCCGCAGCCCAGGAAGCUGAAGCCAAUGUGCUUAUUCCACGAGAAGUUCUGCGGAUCCAGGGGUCAAAUGUGGAAGCUGCCGAGCCAGAGGUAGAGGCUGCUGAGCCAGAGGUGGAGGUCGCCGAGCCCAAUGUGGAAGCUGCCGAGCCCAAUGGGGAGGCUGAAGGCCCAGAUGGAGAGGCUGCAGAGCCCGAUGGGGAGGCCGAGCAGCCUAAUGGAGAGGCCGAGCAGCCCAAUGGGGAUGCUGAUGAACCAGAUGGUGUGGGGAUUGAAGACCCAGAAGAGAGAGCAGAAGAGCCAGAGGGAAAGGCUGAGGAGCCAGAGGGAGACGCUGACGAGCCAGAUGGUGCAGGGAUCGAAGACCCAGAAGAAGAAGGUGAAGAUCAAGAGAUUGAAGUGGAAGAACCCUACUAUGACUGCAGGGAAUGUGGUGAAACCUUCGCUUCCAACUCGGCCUAUGGUGAGCACCUGAAGACCCAUGCCAGGGUGAUUAUAUUUGAGGCCGGAAACGUCUAUGGGGAAAGCUCACACUACACUGAACAUGCCGGGACCAGCACUAGUGACCAUGAUAGGGCUGAUGACAAGUACUUCAAGUGUGAUGUCUGUGGGCAGCUCUUCGGUGACCGCCUAUCCCUUGCUAGACACCAGAACACCCACACUGGCUGAGAACACAAGUGUAAAGGUCGGAAAAUCUUCGCUAAGAACUUGACCCUCACAGAGAAUUCAAACCAAUCCUUGAUAAUGUCAGAAGGAAACGUCCCUUGGCUUUUAACAUUAGACAACUUGGACUGGAAAGGAACUGGAGGUGGUGGCGGUUACAUCAGUCUUAACUGUCCCCCAUCAAACACCAGUGUGUGCAUGUGGGCAAACCACAGCACAUACCCCACCUUUUACCUGAGUAGUCAGAUUGAGGGAAAGUUCUAGGAGAUUCUGAGACAACAGAAAUAGCCGCAUCCACCUGUAAAUGAUACUUCUGUAAGCUAUAUAUAAUUUUCCUGAGAUGUUUGUAAAAUAGAAAAUCAUAGCAAAACAAUGAUCACAAAUAUUUGGAUUUAAUGAUACAUAGUUAUAGUUUACUGUGCAGAGGUACCCUACCUGGAACACUUUGAUUUGGUGGGUGGCGGGGUGGGGGGGAAUGAGCAACAAAUUAGAAUAUAUUUGUAAGCAUCUUAGGUUCUAUGAAAGAUUUAUUGUGCAUUAUUUUAACCCCUUCAGUAUAUUUUUGAGUAAUCUUAUGUUAUUCCUUACUCUUAAGUAUUUCCAUAAAGGUGUAGGCAUGGAAGAUAAAAUGUCUUUUUCUCUGUGCUUUUUGAAAAGAGAAGUGCUUUGACCUUCCUUUUCAACCAUCUCGUCUACACCAACACUUUAGAACCUAAUGCUGUCUCAGCCUUUGAAUUCUGCAAAUUGACCUUUUGUGACCCAAGUUGACCCCUUGCUACAGUGUACUCUGAAGUGAUUCUUAUGCAGAUUUUUUUACCCAACUUAAUGUGUGUUCAAUAGUGAACUCACAAAAGCUGGAGCUUUCCCCUCUAAAUGUUACUUCUUUGCCUUUAAAAGAGUGGGUCGCCACGGUCACUAGAUCAGGACAGUGCCUAAUGUAGGUUGAGAACCAUAGGAAGAGGCUCUCACAUUGUAAAUAUAAGGAUGCAGGUAACAACUUUCAUCACUUCUUUGUGCGCUUCCUGCCUUAAGUGAUCAGUAGCAGUGUGGCUUUGUUAGUAUGUACUGCCACAAGUCAGUUUGCACCUGGGUGCCCAGGAGCUAGUAUAUUUAGAGCUUUCUAUUGCUGAACUUAAUUCUUGCCCUCGCCUCUCUGACUCUCAACCCCAUGUCUCACUUGCAUUUAAAGAAAAGCUUUCUUUACAGUCAACCCAAGCUUAACAUGGACUCAGGUUCCCCAGCAGCCUUAAUUUGUUUUGUUAUUAUAUGUUCUUUUCUCUUUCACCCCUCCUGAGUAUCCCUGAGCUAUCCAUCAGUGUCGUGUUGGUCUGAUUGCCUCAGUUUUCCAUUAAUUACAGAUCAGCCUCAUAGCUUGUGGUUUCCUGUAUCUUGUUCUGUGGACCAUCUGUGCUCCUUUUGCUUCCCCUCACAUAAUGACUAUUGAGACAUUUGGGGGCUUUGAGUUGGCUGGGAAAAAAAUUCAAAAAUUAAAAAAAAAAAAUUUUUUUUUAAAGUGGAUCUGUAGAGAUGAGCAAAAGAACAGAUAAUUUGGGCAAGAAAAUUAAAAUACUUUCUUGGGGAAUAUGCCCAAAUCUCACUCUCCUAGAUCUGCACCCUUAGGGCUUGAGGAGACUGUCAGAGCUGCUGGGAACACCAAAGUCCUGGGAGGUUUUGGGCCGAGAGCCCAGAACAGAACCGAAUAAGCCAAAGGGAGUCCCACCAUAGCAGCAGAGCUAGGAGAGUGAGGAAGCAGACAGAAGGAAACAUCAGGAAUGGAGUGGGAGGCCAGGUCGGUGAGACUCUGUCCUGGCCAGUUUAGAAGGGGCCAUUUUGAGGGCGUGGUGCAGGUGAAGGCCAGCUGCAUCGAGAGACCGGUUGGAAUGGACAUCCGAGAAAACAGCAACAGUGAGGCGCUGCCUCAGAGGAGGGCCCUUGAGUCGGGAGCCAUUGCUGACGCUGGGGUGAACUUGGGUUCAUCACUGCUGGGAGUGUUGACGGGUAGGGCCUUUUCAGAAACCAGUUUGCCAAAUGUCAGGGCGUCCGUUCCAACCUUAUGUUAGUGAAAAAUUAGGAACAACUUAAAUGCCAAACAGUAGGGAGAGUGAUUAAGUGAACAUAUCUGUGAUUUUUACGCAGCUGUUUAAAAAUGAUAAUCAUGAAGAGUUAUGUAGUAACAUGGAAAUAUAUUUACAGAAUAUUAAGUGAAAAAAGCAGGACACAGAAUUAUAUUUAUACUACAAUUAUAACUGUUUAAAAAUGUAUGCUUAUAGUCAACAGCUGUUGUGUUGUUGUUGUUGUAGGCUUAUAGUUGAGAAUUAUUUUCUUAAAUUCCUUGCUGUUCCUUAUGGUAGUGAUACUAAAAAGUUUAUAGUCAUGUCUCCAUUGUGAACAUAAUUUGAACUCAUCAGACAUUUGGAAAAUAAAAAUGGAGAAACAAACCUCAUUCCAACCAUCCAAAGGCAUACACUUUUUAGUAUAUUAUUUCCUGUUUCUGUGCACAGGUUUAUGAUUAUAACUGUCAAAAUGUGUAUUCAAAAUAGUUGUUAUGUUAUCUUUGUAGAAUUAUGAUUAAACACUUUCAUCUUAACGUUCCUUAUUAAUAGUGUUCUGAUAACAAGCUUAUUAUGUGUGUUUCCGUUACAAGUGUACCCAGAGGAAAAAUUGGAAGAGGAAAAGAAUCACCCGUAUUCCCAAUACCCAGCAACUGUUAACAUCUUGAUUUGUGUCCUCUGUCUUGUUUCGGUGCACAAGCUUGUGAUUAUGAGUGUUGAAUCAAGUCCAAGGUGAAAAAAUAUGAAAAAUCAUUAAAAUAGUGUUGUCAUUGUGGGAUUAUGGUUAAAUAUUUUGUCUCAAAUUCCUUGAAUGAUCUUUGGUGUUUUGGUAUUAAAUCUUAUGUAUGUAUUUUUCCACUACAAAUAUAAUGCAUACUCAUAGCAAACUUUGGGAAAUUCAGUAAAGUAGAAAGAAGUCACCCAUAUUCCCAGCACCUAACAAUAACCCCUGUUAACAUCUGUCUGUACACCAGUCUGAUUGUUAGCGUGUUAAUGAUAAGUAUGCAUAGAGUCAAAGAUGGGAAGAAAUCUGGAAAAUAAUUAAGAAAUAGUGGUGUGGUUGUGGGAUUAUGGUUAAAUAUUUUGUCUUGGUUUCCUUGAAUGGCCUUUAUCAUAGUAUUUUGGUAAUCCACCUUCAUUAUAUGUAAUUCCAUUAUAGACACAGAACGUGUGCAUUAUAGAACCUUUGAAAUUGCAGAAAUGUAGAAGAGAAACUCACCCAUAUUUUCAUCAUCCAAAGACUGUGGUUAAUUAACAUCUUGAUAUAUUUUUUCAUCUCGUUUCUGUGCACAGGUUUUUGGUUCGUUAAUAUGGUUGUGGUUAUAUCUAUCUGUAAUA